AUGAGCACAGUACAAUGGUCCAAGUACCCAACAACAUUGUCAUCCAUUGGUGGAAACUCAAGGUCAUACUGGUCUUCAACCAAACCAUCAUUGAACAACAACAACAACAAGAAUAGCACUAUGAUUGAAGAAGAUAAUGGAAUGGAUUUGGUUAAUAGGUUGUAUGAUAAGGUAUCAAAGUCACCUUCAAUGUAUGGAAUGUUGAUGCAGAGAUAUAGAGAAGCACCCAAAUGGGAGAAUGAGGACUAUGUCACUUUGUUAGCAUUGGGUAAGAAGUUUGGUGUAGCUUCUUCAUGGGACAUAUGUAUAGACAUUCAUAAGGUGUUGCUAGAGCGCUUACAAAAGGAUCCAGAAUACGCCAAGCACAACACACCUUUGCCCAAAGGUGUUACUAUUCGACUUGAUCAAUCGUUCCUGGAGCACCUGUCCUUGUAUGCUUGGCUCAACAUUGCCUUGGCGUACAAUUCAAUGGGGCAGAAAGACAAGGCGGUCGAAGCCUCGGCACAGAUGCUCCACUUCUACCCAGACUGCUUCGAAGCGCGCAUCAUUAGUGCGAAGAACUCUGACCCGGCCAAGGCGCUGCCAUUCAUCGAGGAAGCCGUCGCCAUGCGUCCAACCAACGUUGAGGCUCGCAGCUAUCAUGGUGCGAUCUUGCAAGACCUUGGAAGAGUGAUGGAAUCGAUCGACACACUCACACCCCUCCUGGACAUUGUGUCUCGCGACAACCCUCGAGAAGCCAAACAUCGUGUACUCUUGAUGCAUCAGAUCGUCUCCAUGGUAUUCUCGCAGGCUGCCGAUGUAAUUGAGAUGAGUAGUGAAGCGUACAAAACAACAAAGAGACCAGUUGCCGCGGCAGAACUUAUAGCCGCACAAGUUAAAGCCUACAGCAGUGGCAGCAGCAACAGCACUCAAUCAUCGACCAACUGUGUUGAGUUAAUCUCUACACUUAACAAGGUUGCAGAGAUGUUCCGUGCCGUGCCCAGCACGCAACUCAAUCAAACCUACUAUCAAUUCAUCGAUAGACUACUCCUAAUACUUAUCAAGUCAGCCCAAGAAUGCCAGUACUACUACGAACACAACACCCAAUUCCCCGAAGUCUCCAAUCUCCACGAGACCAUCAUCGACAUACUUCAUGGCAUGAGGUUGUUCAUUGGUACUCAACCAUCCUCAUCAUGA